AUGAAUGAUAAUAUUUUAUUUAAAGACAUUCCACAUAUAUUGUUAAAGAAUAUCUCAAACUUUUUAGAUGAUAAUAUUGAUAAGAUUUGCAUGAGUUUGGUAUGCAAGCGAUGGUUCAACGAUAGAGAUAAUACAUGUCAUUCAACUAUGAACAGAUUACACUUCAGUUGGACGAUGAAUAUCGAAACUUCCAUCUUCGAUCUUAUAAAUCAUUAUUCUAUCAAUCGAUUCAAUCAAAGAGUAACUGCAGAUUGUAAAAAAGUUACUUGGUUACCAAAGAAUAUUAGAUCUAUUUCAUUUGAUUAUUACAAUAAUCUUUCUUUUGAAGGAUUGUACGAUGGAAUAUCGAACUCCAAUAUUGAGGAAAUGAUCAUUUGGAAUGCGGAUAUGCUAUAUAAUGUGGUUAUACCUCCGAAAAUUAAAACAAUUCGAUACAACCAGAGUUUUAAUCUACCUUUGUCGCCAGGAUAUUUCCCUGAAGGUAUAGAAAAGAUUUUUGGUAGCGAAUUCAAUCAGCCAAUCUUGCCAGGCAUACUUCCAGCGAAUCUUCGAUUUCUAGAGUUUUCCGAUCGCUUUGAAAAGAUGGUCAAAUUGGAAUUGUCUACCCAUUAUCCAAUCAGACAUUCUGAUAUACCGCAAUCAGUGAAAUACUUGAAGAUCGACAAAAACUUCUCACACACCCACGACAACGACGACUUGGAACCAAGUGAGGCAUUAGAGUUGCAACAUCUGUAUUUAAGUAGAUCAAAUCUUCUGAAUGAUUCACUAAGAAAUAUCAAAUGUAAAAGUCCUUCGUUUGUCAACUUUAUUGGUGACGGUGUUUACUCUCUGCUUCCCAGUACCGCUAUAAACAUCAUGAACCAAAUGGAUACCAAUCAGACAAGAAAAGCUUACAUAAACUAUCGAAAUGUCAAAUUAGAAAGUUGGACAAUGAAUACUACCUCAUCUUUGGUAGACUACACCAGUGUGGAUUGA